UGUGCCUUUAAAUACGUGACCCUUGACCUUCAUUUCUCUUCACAUCAUAUCAAAACUCACGAUCCAUUCCAUUGGAAACCAGAAAAGUAAGGAAGAGAGAGAGAGAGAGAGAGAGAAAAUGGCAGGAAUUAUCAAAAAAAUAGAGACAUCCCUAGGCAUGGGAGGCUCCAAGGAAGGUGACAAGCAGUCUGGUGAGCACAAGCCAGAGCAAGGCUAUGGUCAGCACAAGCCAGAGCAAGGCUAUGGUGAGCAGCACAAGCCAGAGCAAGGCUAUGGUGAGCACAAGCAAGGCUAUGGUGAGCAGAAGGAAGGUGGUGGGUUCAUGGACAAGGUGAAGGGCAAGAUCCCUGGAAUGGGUAGUCAAGAGGAGAAAGGCGAGGAGAAGAAGAAGGAGAAGAAGAAGAAGAAGAAGGACGAGCACGGCAACGAGAAGCAUGGUGAUAGCAGCAGCAGCGACAGUGAUUAGAUCCAGCUUUACGCAUCUCCAUCGAUCACUUUGGUUGAUGGAUUAUUGGGGAAGUGCUGAUCUGCUUGUAGGUGUGAAGAAUAAUG